CAUGGCUGCUGUGCGCCUGUUGCAGAGGAGCCCGGUUGCCGUGGCUCGAACCGUCUGCAGAGGGUCGAGAAGUACGUCCUCCAACCGGGGCGCUCUAGAGAAGCCUCCGACGGUGAAGGAUCUCCCCCGCGUCGGCGUUUUGGAGCUGCUCUACCGGAUGGUCUUUCAGGGCUUCUACAGCCGGGCGCAUGAGCUUCAGCUAUACGAGAAGCAGCUCUACGGGUCCAUCUACAGAGACGGCAUGAAGAACGUGUCCCUGACCAGCCCCAAGCUGCUGGAACAAGUCUUGAGGAGCGACGAAAAGUUCCCUUGCAGAGGAGACAUGUCCUUUUGGAAGGAUUAUCGUGACAUGAAAGGGUUCGGCUACGGACCUUUCACAGUAGAAGGGGAGAGCUGGUACAAGCUGAGGACGGUCUUGAACAAGCGCAUGAUGCUUCCCAAAGAUUCGGCCCGAUAUUGUGGAAUUCUCAACACCGUGGUUGCCGACUUCAUGGUCAGGCUCAUCUAUGUGCGCCGCUGCAGCCCCACCGGGGAUUUGGUGAUGGAUUUGGCCAAUGAGUUCUAUCGUUUUUCACUUGAAGCCAUCGCUACGAUAUUGUUUGAGACCAGACUGGGCGCCCUGGAAAAGAACAUUCCGGCAGGUACGCAGCAGUUUAUUGACGCCAUCGGCAAGAUGUUUUCCAACAGUCUGGCCGUGGUGAUGUUGCCCAAGUGGAGCCGGAAUCUGCUUCCCUACUGGGGACGCUACAUCGAUGGAUGGGAGGGCAUCUUCAGCUUUGCUAAACCACUGAUUGACAAGAAGUUGGAGGACAUUCAACAGCGCAUAGAGCGCAACCAGAAUGUGGAGGGAGAGUACCUGACGUACUUGCUGUCAAACGCCGAGAUGGACACCAAAGACGUGUAUGGCAGCAUAGCUGAGCUUCUCUUAGCCGGAGUGGACACGAUCUCCAACACUCUGACGUGGACUUUGCACCUGCUGUCCCAGCACCCACAAAUCCAGGAGAAGCUCCAUAAAGAAGUGUCCGGGUUGAAAACAGCAGAUGGGACUCCGUCUGCAGGCGACUUUGCCCACUUACCGUAUUUGAGAGCCGUCAUCAAGGAAGCGCUGAGGAUGUAUCCAGUCAUUCCCUUCAACGCACGGGUCAUGAGUGAAAAGAGCAUCUGUGUUGGUGGAUAUCACUUUUCCAAAAAUACAGUUUUCACGUUUUGCCACUACGCCAUCAGUCACGAUGAGGAAACCUUCCCGGAGCCGUUCACCUUCAAGCCAGAACGAUGGCUCCGCGACGGCCGUGAGAGGCCUAACGCUUUCGGCUCCAUCCCGUUCGGCUUUGGCGUGAGAGGCUGCGUCGGGCGCAGGAUUGCAGAGCUGGAGAUGUAUCUGGUCGUAUUUCAAAUAAUCAGGAUGUUUGAGAUCAAACCAGACCCCAGCGUUGGAGAGGUGAAAUGCCUCAACCGCACCGUUCUCAUUCCAGACAGACUGAUCAGUCUCUAUUUUGUGGACAGAGGAUGCAAAAAGCCGGCCUAGAAAUUGACUUGUCUGAUGAAAAUACAGCAAAGUUUCAGAGGAAGGACGACCGAGCUGCAAUGAAGACAGAAAAACCGCCACCAAUUAAUUCCACCUCACCCCACAAAAAGCCGCCUUUAAUUAGACAGGACUUUGGCACCAUCUUGUGGCAUUUUAGAAAAGUUUCGAGUUUUUCAUAGAACAAUGGAGAGCUCACAAAAGAGCAAUUUGUAUAUCUCACUCCUCACCCACAUUACAUUGACAACUUCAUCGACGAAUCGAAUAGUACCCUAAUCCCAUUUUGAAACCUCAACACUGUCUUGAAAAUCCAAUCUACAAUCUAAAAACCGAAUUUGAAUUCCAAACUCCGACAGUACCCAUCUUGAAACUCCAGCUCAUGCCUAAAAGUGUAAUUUGGAACCUUCAGCGUCAAGACAAAGCAUACAUCAGAGUAAUUUAAAAUUUUGUUAGUAGUUGUUUGUAUAUAUCAACAUAUAUGUAACUUUUGUGUCGCUGUGAAGUUUAUUAAAAAGGUUUGUUAAGUCUCUGUAAAGUUGA